GAGAGUGCAUGUGUGGUAAAGAGGCUCAAAGCAGCUAGAGGAGAUAAGAUUGCUGCAAUCUGCAACAAGAAGCUGCAAGCAAUGGCAUCGGCAUCUUUCCUCAAGUCAUCUCCUGUCCUUGAUAAGUCCGAGUGGGUGAAGGGCCAGACCCUCCGCCAGCCCUCGUUCUCCGUCGUCCGGUGCCACCCGGCAACCGCCGCAUCCGCCCUCACCAUCCGCGCAGGGUCCUAUGCUGAUGAGCUUGUCAAGACAGCGAAAACCGUUGCAUCACCAGGACGUGGGAUUUUGGCCAUGGACGAGUCUAAUGCUACAUGUGGGAAGCGUCUGGCUUCAAUUGGGUUAGAGAACACCGAGGCCAACCGCCAAGCAUACCGUACCCUCCUUGUGACAGCUCCUGGCCUGGGUCAAUACAUCUCUGGUGCUAUCCUGUUUGAGGAAACCCUCUACCAAUCCACUACGGAUGGAAAAAAGAUUGUGGAUAUUCUCGUUGAGCAAAAAAUUGUCCCUGGUAUCAAAGUCGACAAGGGUUUGGUGCCCCUGGCCGGUUCCAACAACGAGUCAUGGUGCCAAGGUCUCGACGGCCUUGCUUCGCGCACAGCUGCUUACUACCAGCAAGGAGCUCGUUUCGCCAAAUGGCGUACCGUUGUGAGCAUUCCCAAUGGCCCAUCUGCCCUGGCAGUGAAGGAAGCAGCCUGGGGUCUUGCCCGCUACGCUGCCAUUUCUCAAGACAAUGGGUUGGUCCCAAUUGUGGAGCCAGAAAUCCUGCUUGAUGGUGAGCACGGCAUUGACAGGACAUUUGAGGUUGCCCUGAAGGUGUGGUCUGAGGUUUUCUUCUACCUUGCUGAGAACAAUGUCCUGUUUGAGGGUAUUCUCCUCAAGCCUAGCAUGGUUACUCCUGGAGCGGAAUGCAAGGAGAGGGCCACUCCUCAACAGGUUGCCGACUACACCCUCAAGCUCCUCCACAGAAGAAUCCCCCCAUCCGUGCCCGGAAUCAUGUUUUUGUCUGGUGGCCAAUCUGAGGUUGAAGCAACUUUGAACUUGAAUGCCAUGAACCAAUCUCCACACCCAUGGCACGUGUCUUUCUCCUAUGCCAGAGCCCUCCAGAACACUUGUCUCAAGACAUGGGGAGGCAGGCCUGAGAACGUCAAGGCAGCUCAGGACGCACUGCUUCUCCGUGCCAAUGCCAACUCUCUUGCGCAGCUUGGAAAGUACACUGGUGAAGGAGAGUCAGAAGAGGCCAAGAAAGGCAUGUUCGUCAAGGGCUAUGUCUACUAAUUAAGCUGUUUGUGCCAAAAGCAAUAGAUGAUGAUGAUGAUGAUGAUGGAGGGAUGAAAUACUAGUUUCUAUGGAUUGUACUGUGCUUUAUAGCGUGGAAACUAUUUUUGUUCAUGAUUACAUGUACUUUUAGCUACUUAAUAGCCUUCUAGUUCUUGAUGAGAUUAGGUAGUGCAUGUGCUCUUAAAUUUGCAUCAUCACAAGCUAAAGUUCUUGAA